UGCUGGAAACAUGUCCAGAGAAAGCAGCGCCCUGCUCCAACUUCAAGGACAUUCUAGUGCCACUUACCACCAACAGCAAGAUCAACAACAACAAGUGCAAGGAGCUCUUGACUAUCUAGCUCCACAAGCACAAAUGUUGAACUCAACUACUACAGGUGGUUCAGGUGGUGCAACUUUGCCACGUCUGCAAGACUUAAAUGCUUUGCAAAGAGAUCUUUCCACGCAAAGUUACUGGUCCUCGCAAGGUAGUAACUCGGAAUUCCAGGAGUUAGCCUCCAAUAUCGACAUGAUCCGGCAUAGCGUGCACAGUACUACUUCGAGUACAGGACCAGGAACUUCUGGCCCUGCACCUUCUCUUUGCCGACAUCCAGCAGGAGUUCAACUACAAGUACAACACCAUCAAGGACAUCAAGACCACCUCCAAACUUCUCAAUCUCAACAUCAGAUGACGUUUCUGCAGCAAAAUUUGCGGUUGUUGAUUGAUUUCAUGAAGACCUCAAAUAAUGGGCAACCCGGAGGACCUCCAGAAGGAGCAACGACUUCGUCUCCUCCGACAAGGACAACAACCACCACUCAAGCUCAAGCUGUACUAGACGGCCCUCAAGUAGCUCAAGGUAGUUCUACACCUAGUUGUAGAAUACGAGGUGUAACAAGAUCAACAACAACAACUGGAGUAGUUAUGUCUCCUCCUGGUGAAGAACGCGGUGAAGGUGUUGAACACCAAGAAUCAUCAUUAUAUCGGAACGAUGAAAUAUCAUCCGAUCCAGGUGCCAUUCACGCUGUUGUCGCUCAGGGACAGUUGUACUCUCCGAGGUCGUGCUAG